AUGCUCACACCCUGUAGGACUGACACUCAUCUGCUUUCGGUGCAGAACCAGGAUCUCAUUGAGAAGAACCUGACCCUUCAGGAGCGACUGCGGCAGGCGGAGCUGACAACCCAGCCUCUGCCUGCUGAGACAGCCCACCUCGCCCAGGAGCUACACAGCGAGCUGGCCAGUUGUCUGCAGGAUUUACAGUCUGUCUACAGCAUUGUCACUCACAGGGCUCAGGGCAAGGAUCCCAACCUCUCUCUGCUCCUGGGCAUUCGCUUUGUGCAGCACUCUACUAAGGAGAAUGACGACUUGCUGAGCCCUGAUGGACUUGCAAAGAAACUGGUGGAGGUGAAACAGCUUCACAAAGAGGUGGAGGACUUAAGGACGGCAAUAUCUGACAGAUACGCUCAGGACAUGGGAGACAACUGCAUCACCCAGUAAAGAACACUCCCCAAAGUAAGACAGGGAAUGAAGACUUGAAAAUCUCAGGAGCCUCGUGCUCCUACAACCCAAAACCUAUUCAGCACUUUACCAUCCCUUUGCUCGGGUACAAGAUGUGUGACUUAUCCAACUUUUGAGAAAUCAGGGGGUUUGUUGCCAGAAGUGUUUAGCUGCUGACUGGCUAACUGGAAUCGUUCAGGGCUUCAGUGUUGGGCUUUGAUCUUGUGGAAUGUGUUUAUGCUGUGUUUGCUGGAGCUGGUGUGGUCUCUGCUGCUGGGAGAUGAAUUCUGAAUUGCCUUCCAGGCAUGUCAACUGCUGAACAUGCAGUUAAAAUCAUCACUAAAAAGAAACGUAUGCCCUGGUCUUUCUGAUAAAUUCUCUGUGCAGAUCCUGUGUGACUAGUAAGACCAGAGGAUUAUCAGAGAGUUCAGGGGAUACCUGUGGACUUCAGAGGUGAGCAGGUGUGCCAGUUAUACCAGUGCUAAUUACAUCCAGGUGCUACAGGCUCCUCGGGUCUCUGUGUGCACAGCUCUGGCUUUGGAGGCUUGUGUAGCCAUUCACGGAGCAGGACCUGCUUUGCUCAGGGAAAUGCAACCAGACUCUUUCAGUCACCGACAGAAUUGGGGACUAAAGCAACACUAAGACUCUGAAAACACCCCCUCCCGGGCACUGUUACCCCAGAAGCCUUAAGCCUUUUAUCCCCCCCCCUCCUCUGAAAUAGCGCUCUGAGCGUGGGUAUGAUUCAGACUGCAGAGGAAGUGGAGUGAUGCUGAAGUGCCUUAAUGUGCCAGAGAAACCUCCUGUCCCCACACUGCUUGGUGCCUAAUGCAUCUGCUGGCAGGGGGAGGAACUGCUGUUUCUCCUAGCAGCUUUUUAAGUCAUCCCAAACAAUCCUGGGGAGCCUUGAAUGUCUGGAGCCCCUGCCGGAGCCGCAGAGAGGUUCUGAGCCUCUGGGGAACCCUGCUGCAGGCCAGUGGGGAGACAUCACUGCUUGGCUGGCUGCUCGCUGGGGAGAAGGCCAUUCCUGGUCCUAAACGUGGCAGGAUGGAUCCCAGAGCUCUCGCUGAUGUCUGUAAGGCAGAGACCACUCAGGCUUUGUCAUAGACCUGCCCCUCGUUCUCUGGGAGCUCCCUAUUCCUCUGCUAAAUAACAGGAUUUCUAAAUAAAUCAGCUUGGGAUGCGGUUCUCUUUGUCACAACCCUCCUUAACCUUAGAGGCAACUUGUCCUGGUGCAGACUCCUUGCUUGUGACAACUCUGUGGUGCUGAGAGUGGAGCUUUUUUGGUUUUUAGCUUGAGUUAAGAGCAAGAUAAGAAGUCAGUUACGUUAACGGGGAGGGGGGGAAAUACUGAUGAAACUUCUGUCCGUUUGGUCAUUCUUGGUUCACGUUGGGGGCUGCAUUUGUGAGAAAUGCUUUUGUUAUUCCUUUGGGUUAAAACUUAAGACCAAAUCUGUUCUGUUCUUUGUGUUUGGCCACCGUGGUGGGGUGGGGUGGGGUGGGCUGGGGGCAAUAAAUGGUUCAGUUUGCUGUCCCGAGCUGCCCCCUGCGUGGCAUCUGUGGGGCAGCCAGCGGCCUGCUCUGUUCUUGCUGUGUUUGGUUUAUUACAUUUCUGCCUGUUUCUGCUCCCAGGCUGCUGAUGCCACGUACUGAGCUUAAAUGUGGGCCAAGGCUAUUUUUUGGAACUCCUUUGUCCUGGCUGCUGGGGUGCAGAGAGCAGCACCAGCUGUGGUGGUUGCUCUCUCCCGCAGGUUAAUGGGGUGCUGUUUGGCACCAUCCCCUUUCUCUCCUCACUCUUUGGCGGGGUGUGAGACCUAGUUCCUGGGUGCUGUGCCCCCUGUCCCUGCAGAGCUGGCUGUGAAAUGGGAUCGUGGCUGGAACCCCAUCUCGGUUGAUGCUUGUUGGGCUGCCCAGCUGGGGGGGGAGUAACACCCCCAUGUUAUCCCCCUGCAAAAAUGGACCUGUCUGGCUAAAAUGGUGAUCCCACCUGCCAUAGGUGACCGCUGCUCUCCAUGCUGGGGAAAUCUUGGGCCUUUCCUAACAGAGCACCCCAGACAGGGGUGGCAGGACCCCCUUCUCCCCUCAGUCCCCCUUGUGUCUGCCCGGUGCUGUGUGUCCGUCUGUCCCCCCCCACCCCGGGUCGCGUUGCGUGUGCGGUGUAUUUAUACCAGCCUUCGUCUCGCCCGUUUGUUUGUACUGAGUAUUUUGAAUAUAUUAUAAAAUAAAGCUGCUCUGCUCCACUUCUUGUGCGAAGCGGCUGGGUGCCGGGGGGGGGAGCCGGGGCCGGUCCCCGCCGAGGCCGCAUGCCCGGGCCCGCCGGCCCCAUUGGUCCCCGCAGUCACAUGCCGGGCGGUGGCGGGGCCGCCCGUUCCCUCCUUCCCUCCCUCCCUCCGAGCUUCCCUCCGCCGGGCUGAGCGCUGGGAGCGGCCGCGAUCGCAGCAUGACGGGG